AUGGCUCAAAGUUCGAGCUCUGGCACAAGUAGCAGUCAUAAAACACUGUCUACAAAAUACAGCACUCCUACAUACAUACCAAAAGCUGCAGAUAGCCCGUUUAUAGAUCACAACUCAAGUCAUCAAGGAUCACUAUACAUGAUCAUACUUCCAGCCAUUGGAGCAAUAUUUGUGCUCUAUCUUCUCUACAUUCUAUUUAUUAAACUUAGAGCUAAAUGGCAAGCAAAGAGAGCGCCACCUUUUGAAGAUAUGUACGAGCCUAAGAUUACUCAGAGUCAUAUCUUUGACCUGGAACAAGCUCCAACUCUGGUUCCUACAACGACUGGUGUUAGUUUUGCAAAGUCUACAAACACUUUGCUAAAUCAAAAAUCAAAAGAGACAGGAGAAGUUUCUUUCUUUACUUCUCAAGAGAGGUUUGAUCCUGAGCCUGCCGAAUUGAUUGGUUUGGCCAGAAGUUCGAUGGAAAUUCCUCGCUCUACGGAAAAUAAAUCGAUUAAUACCGGUUCCGUCUUUCAGUUGCAACUGAGUGGUACUCAAUCAUAUAUAUCUUCAAGUAACGAAAACGCAAACGGAAGAGCAUCUUCAACAUCGGGAUCCACUGCAUAUUAUUCACUUGCGGAACCGGACAAAGCAGCCACUCAAAAAACCGUGGCAAUUCCGAACCACAAGAAGCACUUCCACAAAAAAACACUAAGUAGCAUAAUUCUUGAUGAAUUUAUCUCAACAGGUGAAUUGCCAGCAGACGAACCUAAUGGAUCAUUUGCGGAGGAUGAUACAAGCAAAGUGGAUUCUAAUGUGCAGAACCAUUCAAUGUUUGAAUCUUAUAACGAUACUUCGUACAAUGCCGAUAUGCUACCGAGUACUGGACUACGUUCCAGUCCAAUCAGAAGAUCAAGACAAAGACCUAUGAAUGCCGAUACUAGUGCGCUUUUAGGAAAUGUGUCGAGGAAUUCUACAUUUUAUCGCCAGGAGGCUGCAGAAGAAUCAAUGAGAUCAGCCAAUAACAGUACGAUAUUCAGCUAUAACCAGCAAAAGGAUAAAAAAGCAGGCCAAUAUAAAUAUCGGGAUAUACUUACACAAAACGGGAAGAGCGUCGUUUGA